UCCGGCCCGGCCCCGCUCUGGCCUCGCGCACGGCAGGAGGCGGCGGGGCCCCGUCGGCCCCCGGGGAGCCGCGGCGGGGGCGGAUGGAGACAGCGGGCACGGCGGCGGUUAUUUUCUUCCAUAUUCCUCUCAUCUCUGGAAGCUCCAUCAGUAUUGGAAUAGGCAGCAAUUAUUCCAAUCUCCCAAUUGCCUCGAACCAGAGCAGCGGUUCCAGCGCCUUCCCGAGCCGCGGGGAGCACGGCGGUGACAGCAGCCUGCUGGUGUCCCCGCUGCUGGUGGCAGGGGUGGUCAUCGGGCUGGUGCUGCUCCUGUCCUCCGCCACCAUCGUGGUGGGCAGCCUGCGCAGGGACAGCAGGGCCGGCCGGCCGCGCCCGGGCAGGGCCGCUGCGGACGCUCCAGAUGGUUUCUCCCACGGCGGCUCCUCUGCAGAGCUGAGAUCCACCUGCAGCGAGGAGUUCCCCCCAGCCUGUGCUUUUGACUCCUACCUGGAUGUACUUUCUCAGGUGAACAUCAUGUAUCCUGAUCCACCUCCAUGCUACGACGAAUGUGUGGGGCCCGGAGCAACACAAAUAUAUAUUCCCACAGAUGAUCCCCCCCCAUAUUCCCUUACGGACCCUUGCCAAAGAAAUGAAAUACCCAGAAAUAUCUGUAUCAGGCAGGAAGAGGAAGCAGCCUGUGGGACUGCAGGCUGGGCUGCACAUGCUGCAGUGAGGCUGCAGGACUUGCAGCAGCCCAGCCCGGCCCUCGCGGUGAUCUCGCAGUGCGGAGGCUGCUCCCCCGUGCGGGACAGCGGCGUGUGAGCACAGCCUGCUCCGGCAGGAACAUGGAACCUGUCCCACUGGCCAGCAGACCCCAGGUCAUGGCAAUGACAGUGGCUCUUGCCUUCAAUUCUUCUGAAGAACUCAGACCAAUGGAAGAAUAAAACCUCUGGAAGUUUUACCAAAUUUAUAUCUUCUAAACUAUGGGAUUUUUCUUUUUACAGUGAAUUUUGCAAGUUUACCUAAAUUUCCCUGUUUGUGCUUCAAAGUGUUCCAUGGCAUCACACAGCAUAAAAGAGCAGCAGAGACAAGCAGUGCAUCUGACCUUUCUGAAGCAUUGCAGAACCCAUUGAAAUCAGCCACUCAUAAUGAAGAUAAGUGUUAUCGAGUCAAGCCUACUUGUUGAUUUUAUGAUACUUUGCAUGUUUUAGAACAGAAGGAAAAAGAAGAGGCUUUUGUUGUCAUUGUAGGUGUCACUAGUACAGCUCAUUCAGUGUAUUGACAACAAAGCAUCUUUAAAUAACUCUUUGUGUGUUUCAGUAGGCAAAGCACAGGCAAAAAAAAAAAAAAAUAUUAUCAGUACCAUGUAGAAGCAAAAGAAAAUAAUAAUAAUAUUUUAAUAUUCACAUUAUUCCUUUGGUAGAAGGCUUUCCAGGUCAUUGCAAAACCUGUUGCAAGCCUUCCUCAAACGAAACAAUCCACAAAUGGUGGAGAGGUGGCAGUGGGUGCCCACAGUGCAGCUGGCUCUACCGGCAGGAGCUGCAGCACAGCUGUGUGCGCUGGAGCUGCGCGUCCUUCACGGGCCUUGCUGCAGUCAAGGGAAGGCAGGGCAGUGGGUGCUCAGCUCAGGCACAGCAGGGCCAGGGCACAGCAGCACCUUGUCCCCAGGGCCGGCCGGGGCUGCACUCACUGCUCCCACGGAGCCUCCCCUGCACAAGCCCGGCCAGAGACCGAGUGUGGCACCAAGGGGCUCCCAGAGCGGGCACUGGCUCUGGGGCGGGCAGGGCAGCGGGGACCCUGCCCCUCAUGGGCACCCCUUGCUUCUUUUCCCCUCCCGGGAGCCGCUGGCCAGGCACCGCCUGGACACAGCUCCCAGGGCUGGAUCCGCGUUUGAAAGACAGCGCAUCCCCCGAGCUUCUGUCUGCUCACCUCGAGCUGGGGAAAUCCACGUGUGGGACAGGAAGAUCUACUUCCCCCACUUCCUUUGUAUGGCCCAGCAAAAAAAUGUUGCCUGAAAUGAAACAAAGUUGGGAUCCUGUUGUUCACUUCUGCCUGGAAAGCCCAUUCCUCAUCUGAACUAGUCUCAAUCCUCAUCUGAAAUAGUCCUAGUCCUCAUCUGAAAGCUUCUGUGUGUCUGGCUGAGGACACACAACCCACAAGAGAGCAAGGAGAGCUCAAACCUGUGUUUUCCUUGGGACUUUCCCCUGGAAAACUUCUUUGCUGUGUUGUUUUGAAACGUGUUGUUGCAGGAAACACUUGCACUCUACAUUUUUAAGUAAUUUUUACGUUCUGUGUAUAAUGGAAAGCCCGUGGGUGAGUCUGGGUGCUAGCAGGAAGCAGAAAUGACUGCCAGCACAUCAACAGCAGGGAUGGAGCUCCAGCCAGCCCUUGGGGCAUCCACAAGCCUGGGCUCCCUCUGGGACCAGGACAGGAGCCAAGGACCUGUGGCAGGGGAGCAGAGUUAUCACAGGCUCAGCUCCAGGAAAUUUCUUAGAGGCAUUUUCACUAAAAUAAAAUUUAAAAAAAAAAAGUUUUUUUACACAGAGAAAACUGACUUCAUUUUCUAUCCCCACUAAAGGAUAUGUAAAGCUGAGUAUAGUAAAUAUAUAAUGGUGUUUAAAAGGAAGCAGCAUUCAAAUUAUUAAAAUUGCACUUGGAUUUUCUGUAAAUACUGAAUAAUUUUCAACUGUAAUCAUAAUUCAACACUCCAAAGAUUGACACAAUUAUAAUUAAUACUUAGAUGGGAAGUAAUUAUAUGAUUCUUACUGCUAUAUAAAUUAUACUAUUACUGAGAAUUAUGCACAUGAUGAGCUAUAAGGUAAGCAUGCAUUUUUUGCUAAGAAGAUGACAGUAAAUAUGUAUUUUGCUAAAAUGAGACAAUUCUUUUGCAGUUCAGCAAGAUUUUCAGUACUCUCAGUAUAUUAUACUCAAAAGAACAAAAACUCACCAUUUUCCAUUGCAGAACUGCUGGCAGGCAUUGCUAGAAGGUAAGGCUCUAUUUCACAUUUGUGUUUUUAACAGAGAGAACUGCUCCUCUCCAUAAAGUAUUCCUUUAAACAGUUUUGUGGUAUGCAGAGCACCCUGCAAUGAGAGAAACAACCCUCUACCCCAGCUCUGAGGGGGCAGAGAUGCACAGAAGUGCCCCAGUCAGGUUUAUUGGCAGGGGAGUGAGCAGAGAGGGAGGCACAGGGUGGUCUGUGCAGAAUGGGAUUGGCUUUCAGGGCUGGCUCUGCCCGCGGCUCCUGCAGAGCUGUUCCUGCCCUGGAACAGCAGGGCCAGGCUCUGGGACCUCGGGCUCCUGCUGGGGGGGCUGGGGGAAUCCAAUGAACCCCUAUUAGAAGGGAAAUGGAAUUUUUUUCCCCUGAAAGUGAGGCUCUUCCAAGUAACAUGACCAAGCUGCAGGCUCUUCUGCAGACAGGCACAGAGUGCUUUUCACAUAUGGCAGACAAGUCCCUACCCUGUUACUGAUGCUCAGUUUCUCUGCACGGUGGGAAACCCUUUGGUUUGACUUUUAACCUUUUUAACAGGGAUUUCCUGCCCUUCCACCAACUCUGUAUCUGUGGUUUACAAAGCGAGCUGACUUUAAGUAGACUUCUGAUGAGAAUGGGAGAUUUACAUUUUACCUAAUGUUAGCAAUGCAUUGGUAAAAUUGUAAAAAUGAAUCCAAGUCUUUCUUUCUUCCUUCAGUAACAGUGAAGUGUCCCUAACACUGUGCUCUGGGUUUGGCAGCAUUUCUUACACACCUCUGCCUGCUCCCUCUGGUGGUGUGGACCACUCCACAAAAUUUUGUCAUCCUGUUAUCACAGGAUAAUCCAAAUCAUCCCAGCUGCUGUCACAUGGAUAUGGGAGCCAACCAAAACAUCCACAUCCACACUGUAGCAUUUCUGUGAAUUACCACUGAAUACUUGGGUUUUGUGAUUCAUUACAAACAUAUAUAAUUAAAAACCAAACUGAAUUGAA